AUGUCUGGUGAACAGGCCAUCGCCAGAGAAAGCGAAGUUGAUUCCGUGGGAGGCACCAAAUGCGACACGGAGUUUGUCCUUGAAAAGCUGGCUGAGUGUAUCGCUCGGUUUGGUCUGAUGCAUGAAAUCGUUAGUGACAACGGCACGCAAUUUACUUCUGCGAAGUUCCGGAGUUUUCUGGAGGCGAACGGCGUUCGGCUGGUUUUAACAAGUCCGGGGCAUCCUGCAACAAACGGUCAAGCGGAAAACUCGGUGAAAACGUUCAAGGCCUCCUUAUUGAAGUCGUUUGCGAGUGGAUCUACCAACGUCAAGGAAAUAGUGGCUAAUUUCUUGCUCGGGUAUAGAUCUGCGACCCAUUGCUCAACGGGAACUUCACCAGCCCAAUUGAUGCUUGGGAGACAACCGCGCUCAACAUUGGAUUUGUUGAGAAGCAACGAUCGGGGAGUUUCAAGUAAGGAGGUGAAAAAGGCCAGAGAAGCUAUUGUCGCACGGCAGUCCAGACAGGUUGACAACUACAAAGGAACACGGGAACAGCGGUUCAACCUAAACGAACGAGUUAUGGUGCGGGACUACACUAACCCCAACAAGGCCGCCUGA